GCUGCCAGUGAAGCGAGCCUUGGUACCACUUGAAUAAAGCUGGUGCUGUUUCCUGAAGAUGGUGUGUUAUUCUGUAAGUGUGAUCCUCUCCUCCGGCUUCACCCUGAACAUCUAGGAUGUCCUGUGGUAUUUCCGACAGCAGCAGCUCCUUCGCUCAAACAAUUGAAUAGAAGGAAGCGCUGCUGGCUGACUUUUUCCUCCCUCAGAGACGCACUUCCUCCAGCCCUUCAGUCGAGCUCGAGCGAGGCCGGAGGACGCAGGAGGAACAUGGAGGUCCCGCUCCUACUUUUCUUUCUGCUCUGGAGAUCCAGCUGUGCGUACACAUCUCCAGCCACCUCCACCUUUUCUUCAUCCACACCGCUGGACCUGUCUAACUCCACCCAAACCAUCAGGAGUCCUGGGAACGCUGUCACGGAAAAUCUGUCACCUCCAGAUGUUUCCCCUGCAGUCACCCACCUAUCCCCUUUAAAUGGCACAGCUGCUUUUACCAUGGACCAGUCAGUCGCCUCGGAGACCUCGUCAGGUGGAGGUGACUCCCUAGUCAGGACGGAGGUGGUCACGUCGUUGUACGAGUCAUCGUCCUCCAUCGCUAGAAACCAGUCCGAGUCGAGCGGAGAUGGAGGCGUGACGCUGGGUUCCUCACGUGUGAGCACAGGUGGAGCAACAGACAUCAUAACUGAGCUACAACCCAAGGACGGAUCCACACACCAAACAUCUGCAGCACCCUCAGACAGCACCGCCUCAGCUGCACCCACCACCACCACUCCUCCACCGUCUGCAUCCAGCACCAGCACAUAUAGACCACCCAGGUCUCACAGCCAGACCCCGCCCACAGACACAGACUACACCCUUCAUCCAAACAUCUCAGAGAGUCUGACUCCAGGAGUAUUAUCAACAGCACCAACAGGUGAUGCGGUCCCUGCAAGUAGCACCUCAGCUCCAUCAGUCCCACAAACGAGUACAACAAACACCAGCACCACUGCUGCUGUAACCACACCCUCUACGAGCAGCAUAACAGCGCCUGCUCCAACCACAGCCACCAAAACCACACCUCCUACAGCCACCAGUAGCACCACCCCUGUCACAACUGCAGAGACUACAGUCGCACCAUCAAUAACAACACCAGCAACUACACACACAACCAUCCCUCUGCCAGCUACAACAGCCAGCUUGACACACACCAUCCAACCCUCCACUCGUGCCUCCACUCCCGCUACAACUGCAGCAACCACAGCCACGAACCCGUCUCUAACCACAGCCGUCGAUACCACACCUGCCACUGCCAGUACCACCACAACCACAGAGACUGCAGCCACACUAUCCAUAACAACACCAGCAACUACACCUACAUCCAUGGCACCAUCUCAUACCACAGUCACCAAAACCACACCACCCACCACUCCCAGUGAUAGUUUCCCAGCUACAACUGCAGAUAGUAGAACCACCAUGAGAUUCAUAACAAUCUCCGCUACAACCACUCCACCUACGACCGCAACAGCAUCUCCCGCUACAACCACCCCACCUACGACUGNAACAGCAUCUCCCGCUACAACCACCCCACCUACGACCGCAACAGCAUCUCCCGCUACAACCACCCCACCUACGACUGCAACAGCAUCUCCUGCUACAACCACCAAAACCACGGCAACCACCACUACCAGCCCCACAGCAACAAGCACCCGCGCUCCAGCAACAAGCAUGCUUCACACUACUACGUCCAGAGUCACCUCCACCACACCUGUCCAGACCUCAGAGGGUCCCCGAUGCUCCGCAGACCUGAAGGAGAUCAGCUCCAGCUCAGACUCCAUCGCGGUGCAGGUAACGUCCGCCGGUCUGUCCUGUAACUUCAGUCUGUUCUGCAUUCUGGACUCAUGGUCCAGUCCUGCCCACUGCAAGUCUGAUGGAGAGACCAGCAGCGCCACCAUCUGUAAUAUAACGGGACUGCAACCCGGGACAGUGUAUCAGCUGACAGCGGUUUCCAGGAAGGAUGGCGAGAUUAGCCACGGGACAGUUCAGACAGACCCAGUUGGCCCAGCUCAUCUGGACCUCCAGCUGGACCCAGCUCAACCUCAUCAUAAAAGCCUGUUUAUGGUUCUAAGCAGCUCGGCUCUGACGGUGUCCUGGACUCAGUCUACCGGUCGUGUGGACUGGUACGAUGUGACUCUGGAGGACACGAGCUCCGGAUUCCGGCGCAGGACCAGAAUCAAGGGCUCUGCAGCCUCCCAAACCGGGUUCACCUCCCUGAUUCCCGGGACUCUGUACAAAGUCAGUGUGGUAGCUUCAGCUGGGAACAAGAGCGCCUCACCUGUCCACGCAAUGACAGCUACAGCUCCCUCCUCAGUGGACGGCCUGCAGGUGGCGUCCUCUUCCUCACACAGCCUCGGGGUGACUUGGUGGAUCGGCUCGGGUCGCACGGAGAACCUCAGGGUUCUGCUGAGGGAUCGGGCUGGUGUUCUGCUGAAGAACAUCACUCUGAAGAACAGCAGCACCUCGGCAGAGCUGGAUGGUCUGCACCCAGGGACCCCGUACACCAUCACCGUGGUAACAGAAGCAGUCGGCCUUCAGAGCUCCGCCUCGACAGCAUCCGUCACAGCCCCAGCACAAGUGUCACGUCUCGUCCUCGAAAACAACGGCAGCUCAGACCACCUGCGGGCCUCCUGGCUCCCACCUAAAGGAGGGGUGGAAUCCUACCUGGUGACCCUGAGGGCUCCAGGAUCCGACACUCAGCUACGCCACCUUCUCCCCAACAUCACCCAAGUGGAGUUUGAGGGCCUGACCCCUGGGCGUAGCUACGAGGUGUCAGUCAGUUCCUCAGCAGGCAGUCAGAGCACCGAGAGCAGGAGCACAGCGAGGACAGUACCUGACCAGGUGUCAGCGCUCUCUAUGUCGGCUGAUGCUCGAACACUGUGGCUCCGCUGGCUGCCCCCCAGAGGCGACUGGGAGAACUACAGCGUCAUCCUGAAGAACGGCUCGGUGGUUCUGGCAAAUGAGACCGUCAGUAAGGCAAGCAGGCAGCACGCCUUCUCCGUCCUCAGCCUGGUCCCCGGACGACUCUACAGUGCAGAGGUCACAGUUCACAGUGGCGUUCUGAGCAACACAGCACGCUGCAGCAGUCAGCUGGCGCCGUGGCCCGUGCAGCAGCUGCUCGUACGCCAGGCUGACGAAACCUCACUGAGCGUCCGGUGGAGUCGGCCGCCCGGACAAUGGGACGGCUUCACCGUGCUCCUCAGGUGGGCAACCGCUGCUGCCACCAUUGUAGAUCAGAGAGUCCUCGGCUGGGAGGCCAAAGAGUGCACUUUCAACAGCAUCACGCCUGGGGGCCAGUACAUCAUUACCGUGACAACCAACAGCGGCAACCUGAGCAGUUCCGCCUCUGUGACGGCACGGACCACUCCGGCUCAGGUCAGUGGGCUGCGGCUCUCCAACCUCGGCAGCACCGACAGUCUGCAGGCGCGGUGGGCACCGGCCUCCGGAUAUCUGGACUCCUACCAAGUCUUGCUGGUUCACGACAGCAGCGUCAUCAAGAAUGAGAGCGUGAUGGCCAACAUCAGCAGCCUCAGCUUCCAGGCCCUGAGACCGGGCGCCCUGUAUCGCGUGGUGGUGACCACGGUCAGAGUGGGACACAUCUCCAGACAGACGGUGUCCGAGGGACGCACAGUGCCGGCGGCAGUGAGCGAUGUCAGGGUCAGCAACAACGGGCGCAUGGACUUCCUCAGCGUGUCUUGGAGUCAGGCUGUAGGUGAGGUGGACAGAUACCUGGUGACCCUGAGUGACCGGGAGAGGACCAUUCACACCCUCACCGUGCCCAAGUCGACCCCGACAUGCGUUUUCGACUCGCUGGUGUCUGGACGCCUCUACAACAUCUCCAUCACUACCUGCAGCGGUCUCUACAAAAAUCAGACGUUCAUCCAGGAGAGGACACAGCCGUCGAAGGUCCAGAGCCCCACAGCGACCCACAAUGCUUCGGACAGCUACCUGAAGGUGUACUGGCGUCACGCUGCUGGAGACUUCGACCUGUAUCAGGUGUUCAUCAAGCACAACAACGUCUUCCUGCAAAACAAGACAGUUCCAAAGACGGAGCACAACUGUGUGUUCACCGGCCUGGUGCCCGGCAGACUCUACACAGUGCUAGUGACCACGUGGAGCGGAAAGUACGAAGCCAUUGCCUCCACCCAUGGCAGCACCUUCCCGGCGGCAGUGCGUUCCCUGACUCUGGCUGGGCGGGGCACCGAGGACCUGCGGGUGACGUGGAUGGCAGCUCCGGGUGACGUGGAUCACUACGAAGUGCAGCUGCUGUUCAGCGACAUGAAGGUGUUUCCUCCCAUCACUCUGGGCAGCGGUGUGAGGGAUUGCGUCCUGUCAUCACUCACACCUGGGCGGCUUUACAAGAUCAUAGUUUCCACGUACAGCGGCACCAAUCAGAAGGCCCGGUACAUAGAGGGUCGCACAGUUCCCAGUAAAGUGAAGAACAUCCACAUUAGCAACAGUGGAGACAGCAGCAGUCUGAUGGUGAGCUGGACUCCUGGUCCGGGCGAUGUAGACGGAUUCUCCGUGUUUCUGUACAGAGAAAGCCGAAAGUUAAGUACCCGAAGCGUCCUCAAGCACCAGAACGAGGUGACGUUCGGCUCCCUGCAGCCCGGCCAGGUGUACACCAUCAUGGUUCAGUCUGUGAGUGGAGACCUGGUGAACAACAACACGGUCACAGGGCGCACAGUCCCCUCUGCAGUGACAGGGCUCCAGGUGGACUCCCACCACACCACCUGUAGUAUCCAGGUGAGCUGGCAGGAGGCUCUGGGUGUGGCUGAUGGAUAUGUCCUCCAAGUUCUGGACGACAGAGGCAGCAUGGUGAGAAACGUCUCUCAGCACUUUGGACACACCUGGCAGCAGUUUGACGGCCUCACACCAGGAAAGAAGUAUCGAGUGGUGGUCCAGACCACCAGCGGCGGGGUCCACAGUGUUGGGGUCAGCACUGAGGCUCGGACAAACCCAGCGGUGGUCACCAAUCUGGCCGUCACUGCAAACACCACCACCAGCCUGUCCUUCCACUGGUCGCCACCAGAGGGAGACUUUCAGCUGUAUGAAGUUUUUCUGUAUGAUCGUAAUGACCAGCUGCACGAGAAAAAGCGCGUCCAGUCCAACAGUCAGCAGUGUACUUUUCAGGGCCUCAGACCUGGUGCUCCUUACAAGAUGUUGAUCCAGAUCCACAGUGGAGACCAGACCAACCAGACCUCCAUCUACACCAGAACAGUCCCGUCAGCUGCAGCGUUCCUGAAAGCUAAGAGUGGAAACCAGUCUGACAGUCUUUGGGUAAACUGGGAGCAUGGUGGAGGUGAUUUAAGUGGAUACCAGCUGUAUCUCUACAACCCCAACGGUUCUCAGCAGGCCAUGCAUCAGCUGGGCUCAGAGGCCACAGGGUUCAUCUUCUCAGGCCUUGUAGCGGGUCGCCUGUAUCGAGCUGAGGUGCUGAGCCAGAGCGGCGGGCUCAGCAACAGGGCGAGCACCCUGGGCCGGACGGCUCCCAGACCACCUGCCUCCAUCUUGUUCAGGGGGGUGACCAACACCUCCCUGGAGAUCACAUGGAGCGGCCCUGUGGACUCCGACUAUGAUGACUUUGACCUGCAGUGGACUCCUCGGGACCGGCUGUCCAUCAUCAAUCCGUACCACACCCGGACGUCCAGCAACCGCAUCCUGAGGGGGAUGUUCCCUGGACGGCUCUACAACUUCAGCCUCCGCACCGUCAGUGGGACCACAGAGCCUGGGGCCACACCUACCUAUAGCACACCUAUCCGCAAAAGCAUCCGCACCAAGCCAGAGAGAGUCCACAGCCUCCACUGUCGCCCUCAGAGUUCCACCUCCAUCUCCUGCUCCUGGGUAACCCCGGACACUGAUUAUGACUCCUACACCAUCGAGUGUCUCCACAAGGAUUCCCACACACUGAUGUACUCCAGACUCGCUGAGCAGGACUCCAACAGCUACAUCAUCACUGAGCUGGAGCCUCACAAACACUACACAGUCUCUGUGAAGGUCAUGUCUGGUGGGAAGCCCAGCGACGAGGCUCAGGACAACGUGGUCACCAUGCUUGACCGUCCUCCUGUGCCCCCCUCCGGUACCCGGGUCAGUGAGCAGUCUGCUGUGGUCACCAAGUCCUCCAUCUCCUUCCAGUUUAACUGCAGCUGGUUCAGUGACGUUAAUGGAGCUGUUAAGUACUUCACUGUAGUGGUGACUGAGUCUGAAGAUGUUAGCCUAAUGCAGCUGGAGCAGAAGCACCCACUGCCCUCCUACCUGGACUACAGCUCCAACAGCUCCAUCAGGUCCUACCAGACCAGCUAUUUCCCCAGCCGAUGCACCGAGAGCCCUGACAGCACCACCCAGAGCUUUAACAUCACCUUGGGGACUGGGAUGGACUUGCUAGGGGGCACCUGUGAUGCCAGAGGCUCAGACCAGGACCCAGAGUCUAGUGGAGAGCUGAACCACUUCUGUGAUGGACCCCUGAAGCCAAAGACUGCCUACAGGAUCAGCGUCCGAGCUUUCACUCAGCUGUUUGAUGAUGAUGCAAAGGACUUGAGUGUCUUGUCUCCACUGUUCUCUGACACCUGCCUAUCGCAGCCCAUCAUCACUGAGGCUGAGCCUCUGAGCGGUGUCAUCGAAGGUGUAAGUGCUGGACUCUUCCUCGCUGCUGUGAUUGUGGGAAUCACUGCUCUGUUUGUCUGCAGGCACAGAACUCGCAAAGUUGAGGAAGAGAGGCUGGAGGUCAGGAUAAAUAUGAGGAGAGAGAGAGCAGCAGCGGGGAACCAGCUGGGUGUCAGAGGCAGCCGUCGAAUCUCCAGUCCCAUUAAGAUUGUGAACUUUGAGUCUCACUACAGCAAACUACAGGCUGACUCCAACUACCUGAUGUCAGAGGAGUAUGAGGAUCUGAAGGACGUCGGUCGUAACCAGCCUCUGGACUCGGCUCUGCUGCCGGAGAACCGGGGAAAGAACCGAUACAAUAACAUCCUGCCCUACGACUCGACGAGGGUCAAGCUGUCCUACGUUGAUGACGACCCCUGCUCUGACUACAUCAAUGCCAGUUACAUCCCAGGUAACAGCUUCCGGCGGGAGUACAUCGCCACACAGGGUCCUCUGCCUGGAACUAAAGACGACUUCUGGAAGAUGGUUUGGGAGCAGAAUGUCCACAAUGUGGUGAUGGUCACUCAGUGUGUGGAGAAAGGAAGGGUGAAAUGUGAUCACUACUGGCCGUUCGAUCAGGAUCCUCUGUACUACGGAGACCUGAUCGUCCAGAUGCUGUCAGAAUCGGUUCUACCUGAGUGGACGAUCAGAGAGUUUAACAUCUACAGCGAGGAGCAGCUCGGCUUCAGCCGCCUGGUUCGUCAGUUUCACUACACGGUGUGGCCGGACCACGGUGUCCCAGAGACCACUCAGUCCCUCAUCCAGUUUGUCCGUACUGUCCGAGACUACGUCAACAGGACUUCGGGAUCUGGAGCCACUGUAGUCCACUGCAGCGCCGGUGUGGGCCGGACGGGGACUUUCAUUGUCCUGGAUCGAGUGCUGCAGCAACUGGACGCCAAAGACACGGUGGAUAUCUACAGCGCCGUGUUUGACCUGCGACUCCAUCGAUCCCACAUGGUGCAGACUGAGGUGCAGUAUGCAUACCUGCAUCAGUGUGUCAGAGACGUUCUCAGAGCCAGGAAGCUACGCAGCGAGCAGGAGGGAAUGUACAGGAUGUGAGGCGACGCUGACCCUGACCGUAACGAUUGUACUGACUGCUGAGCCAUUGCUGAGCUCUUCAGAGAGACAUGUCCAUAUAUUUUUCUACAGUGUUCGUAUGUCACAGAGAAAUGUUUAUAACUUUAAUUUGUUUUAAUUUAUGUUCAGCUGUGUGAUGUCUUUCUGUAUAGAUUAUCUAUAGAUUAUUGGUUGUAUCAUCUCCUAUGUGUUUGAUUUGCUGGAAUAUUGGCUCCAGUUUCUUGGUUGAGUUUCUGUUGUCCUGUUUAUAUCUCUGUCACAGGUGCUCAUACCUGUAAGUUUACCUGUGCUUGUACCUGUAAGUGUACCUGUGCUCGUCUGUAUGUGAGCAGCUUAUUAAACACACAACACAAAAUUA